GCAGGAGAUGCUAGAUCAGUGCGGAGAAAAACUUUGGACCGUACAUGUCGCAUUUGCCUGAACUCUAAUUUUCAAUUGAAAUUUUCAUUCAAGUGUGACUUUUUUCUUCCGCGAAAUGGCAUUGAUCACGAAAUUUUGGGGAUUGGACUUACUGGCAGGUUUUUUCGGGCUGAUCCUUAUAGUGUAUCUGUAUGUGACAAGAAAUUUUAAUUAUUGGACGAAACGGGGAGUCAGGCAGAUCCCGCCGGUGCCGUUUUUCGGGAGUUUCAAGGAGAUUAUUCUGCAGCGAAAAUUCCCCGGUCAUUUCUUCAGGGAUUGGUACGAGGAGUACAGACCCCUGCCUUAUGUUGGAUUCUACGUUUUGGAUAAACCGUUCCUCCUGGUUCGUGAUCCGGAGCUCGUUAAGAGUAUUCUUGUCAAGGAUGCAAACUACUUUCAGGACAAACAUCUCACAGCUAAUGCUAAUGAUACACUCAGUUCUGCUAAUCUUUUUCUUAUUAAAAAUCCAGCCUGGAAGUAUGUGAGAUCGAAAUUGACGCCGGUUUAUACAGCUGGAAGGUUGAAGAAAAUGUUUGGCUUGAUGCUGGAUGUUUGUCAGGAUUUGGAUACGUUUUUGGAAUCUCAAAAAUUAAAUGGUCCUGGGGGUGUGUUAGAGAUGAAAGAUCUUGCCGCUAAAUUCACCACUGACCUCAUUGCCACAACUGCUUACGGCAUAAAAGCAAAUUCCCUCAAUAAUCCCGAUGCUGAAUUCCGAAAACACGGAAAAAGGAUUUUUGUAUUCAAUACUUACCGUGGUUAUGAGUUUUUAGCCAUGUUCUUUGCCCCUCAGUUUGUCAAGCUUUUGAAUAUUCAAUUUUUUCAUAAAGAAAGCACAAAGUUCUUGAGAGAAGCACUCUGGGGAACUUUGCUAGAACGACAAAAAUCGGGAAUCAAACGUCCCGAUCUCAUCGAUCUUCUCAUCGAAUUGAGAAAGAAUCAACCAGAAGAGGAGAAGAAAAUUUUUGAAUUUGACGGUGACAAUCUGGUAGCCCAAGCUGCUGUUUUUUUCACUGGUGGCUUUGAAACCUCUUCAACUGUAAUUAGUUUUUGCCUGUAUCAACUUGCGACGCAUCCAGAAGUUCAAGACAAGUUGAGGGAAGAAAUAAAAAGGGUUCUGGAGGAGAAUAGCGGCAAAAUAACAUAUGACAUGAUGGUGACAGGCAUGCCAUACCUCGACGCAGUGAUAUCAGAAGUCAUGCGUUUCUAUCCACCGCUGCCCUACUUGGACAGAGUAGCUUCUUACGAUUAUAAAAUCCCAGGCAGUGAUGUGAUCCUCGAGAAAGGAACUCCUGUGUUGAUUCCAAUGUUGGGUUUCCAUUUCGAUGAGGAUUACUUCCCAGACCCCUUCCGCUUCAAUCCCGACAACUUCUCUGAGGAAAAUAAGAGAGCGCGCAAACCUGGUGUCUACAUGCCCUUCGGGGAUGGGCCGCACCUCUGUAUCGGUCUCCGCAUUGCACUGAUCCAGGUAAAACUCGGUGUAAUAACAAUUCUCUCAAAGUACGAACUAUCCCCUUGCGAAAAGACUCUCAUCCCCAUGAGACUCAAUCCAAGAGCUGUGCUAACUACUCCUGAGAGUGGUAUAUACCUCACAGUACGAAAAUUGCAUGAAUAAAUUCCUGGAAAUAACACCAACGCCUCACAGGUACAAUGAAAAAAUGAUGAACAGUAACUGAUGAUUUAAUCAGUGAAAUGUGAUCAGUUAUACGUUUAUUGUAUGCACUCACUUUUUAUUUACAAAAAAGAAACUAUUACUCAGGUUGCAGAAUGAUUUUCAGUUUCUUCUCACAAUGAUACACUUUUAUAACGCUAUUACGCUUAGAAUUAAAGAUGGUACGUAGUUCUCAUGCAUUUGUUCAUCCAGCUUCAUUGAGUUUAUCGAUAGAAAUAAGAAUGCCGAGAUAACCAAAUAGAUUAUAGAUCUACAAAUUUAAUUUAUGCAUUUCAUUCCAAUGCUCAACUCUUUGGCAUUGAUUCCCGGGGAAUUUCAAUCAUUACAUAAUCAGUGAUUAAAGAUAACAAGUUCAAUGUGAAGGAAAAUCAUAACUGUGGGGUCAUAGAAUCUAUUCUCUAGUUUUCAAAGUUUAGUGAUACGUUCUAAUCUCCACUUUAUGAUUGCAUUCCAUCGGAUAAUUCUAGUCCUUUCUCCUCCGACAAUUAGUCUCAGUAAAUCGAAAUGUCAUUCGAGUCAGUUACUACUGACUUAUCAUUUUUCCCCUGACGUUUAUAAUGCAUCCAUGGACCACAAGAAUUUAUUAUACAAUCAAAUAAUAAUCGUCAGCUCGCCAGCAAGCGGAACAAUUAUACCGAUUAAUUACUUUUAAUAAUUACUUCAAUAUUUAGGUAAAAUUUUUUUACUCCUCGUUCAUCCACUUAAUCGCUUAUAUAGUGUAUAUUCUUUAAUAUGUAUAUUCAUAUUAAAUAUAUGUAUUGUUACGGAGAUUUCGUAUAUUAUUCAAUAAAUGAUAUUUCUUUCACGUA